AUGGAUCGUAUUAAGGAGAAAAUGAACUCCCUGCGCAUCGAGGCAGAUGAAGCUACUGCCAAGGUCGAGGAGCUUCAGAAGCAAGUCAAGGCCCUCGAGCACGAGAACCUCCAGAAGGAACAGGAGAUCACCUCCCUCCAACACAAGAACGGUCUCCUUGAAGCCGAAGUUGAGCAGCUCGAGGCCGAGAAGAAGGACCUGAAGGCAUCUGCCGGCGACAGCCAUCAACACGCUACCCAGAAUGAGACUCUGCAGCGGAGAUUGCAACUGUUGGAGGAGGAGGCUGAGGAGGCUGACAAGAACUUGAGAGAGACCAACGACAAACUCCGCCAAACUGAUGUCAAGGCCGGACACUACGAACGCAAGGUCAAGGCUCUGGAGCAAGAACGCGACCAGUGGGAGACAAAAUACGAGGAGAUGGCCCAGAAAUACGCUGCUGUCCAGAAGGAGCUCCAGGAUUUCCAGGCAGAGAUUGGCAACAUGUAAUUCCCCUACCCAGGCCACCAUGAUCCGGAUGCUCAUGACGACGCAGUUAAACUUCUUGAACCGUGGAUGGAUGAUGAGGGAUACGAAGAUGCACUUGGAGGUUCUU